AUGGCGCUCAACGUUCGUAACAAGCUUGGCUUCGUGGAUGGUAUAAUCCCUAAACCCCCUUCGGAUAGUCGCGAUUCUGGAUCUUGGUCUCGUUGCAAUGAUAUGGUUGCGACGUGGCUCAUGAACUCUAAUUUGAUGUCAAGAUUUAAGCAAGAUGAUGCUCCCCGUGUAUUUGAGAUUGAGCAAAGGCUAUGCAAUAUUCAACAAGGCUCUCUUGAUGUUAGUGCCUACUACAUGGAGCUGCAUCGUAGCCGUGUUACUAAGUUCUUAAUGGGGCUCAAUGAAACCUAUGAGACUACUCGUCGUCACAUUCUCAUACUCAAGCCCAUUCCAACCAUUGAAGAAGCUUUCAAUAUGGUUGCUCAAGAUGAAAGACAAAGAAGUAUCAAGCCUGUUAUCAAGACUGAUAAUGUUGCGUUCCAGACUACAUGCAUACCAUCUGAUGAUUCUUUGUCGUAUAUGACUCCAACUGAGUAUGCUGCUACUUAUAAUACACAUCGUCCGAGAGGCAAUCGCCCCUUGUGUACUCAUUGUGGUCAGCUUGGACAAACGGUCAACAAAUGUUUUAAGCUUCAUGGAUACCCUCCUGGCUUUAAACCUUCUUCGUCUUUGUCUAUUGGUUAUCAGGGUCAAUCUCUUCCACCUAAGCAAUCUUAUGGCUUUGCACCUCGUGGUCAGCAUAAAUAUGCUCCACAUUCAGGAUUUAACAAUCAGAAUGUACAGAAGACAGUUGCGCAUGUGGUUACUGUGACGGCUCCAACUCUACAGUCUACACCUUCUACGACUGUCCCUGAUAUCAACCUGUUGUCCUCUACUCAGUUGCAGUCUAUCAUUCAGCAACUCCAGUCUCGUGUGCAAGUUACAGAGAAUGUAGCUUCUUGUUCACACGCCUCUAUCACUGAACAUGGUAUCAUGGCAGAACAAUCUUCUUCUGUUCAGAAUAAUUGCUCUGCUCACUUCUUUCCAGCAUAUUGCUAUCUUCAGGAUGUUUCUCAGGGCUUGAUGAUUGGAAAGGGUGAUGUUGUCAAUAAUCUUUACAUUCUCAAUAAGCAUGCUGUUUGCGAGUCUUCUCCGUCUGAUGUUUUCUGUGGAUCCUUGUCAGUUGAUGGUUCUACAUGGCAUCAACGCCUUGGUCAUCCUUCAGCUACCAAGUUAAAAAUGUUAUCUG